AUGCCGCCGCCGGACAAGGCUCUGACUUUCGACUCUACCACUACACGCCACCAUCUUCAGCACUUUUGCCUUUGCCAUCUUGAUCUGAUUCAUGUUUGGCGCAUAUACCAUGCCGGAACUUUCCACUUCGCAGCCUUCGUCAUCUGUGACCGCUGGCAGUCCCCGCGGUCAGCCCCUUUGCUCCCGCCAGUACUAACAUCUGCUCAGUUCAGACGACAGAUUAUUGCGGACGAACGUAGUAGCACUACGACACCACGGCCAUCGGUGGCUUCGUCAUUCAAACGAUUAUGGUACUCGCCGGCCUGGCACUCUAUGCUGCCUCGAUUUGCACGAUACUCGGCCGCCUGA